AUGACUAAUCAAUCUGAUUAAUCGAUUUUAGAAUUUAAUAAAGCAAUUAAAUUUGGAGAAAAAGAUUCUUACUUGCAUAAAAUAUUAUUAUUUAAUCAGCUUCAGCAUCAUUUAAAAUUAGAAUUAACAAUAAUUUAAUUGAUCAAACAUCAAGAUGAAUAAGCAAUAAAAGAAUUUGAAAAAGCAAAAGAUUAGGAUUUGAAAGUGCUCAAAUAUCAAUCAUUAAAGGUAUUAAAUAUAUUAUUUAAAUUAGGCUUAGCAAUAUUUAACAAUUUAGAAUUAUUAAAAAUAAAUUCUUUUUAAAUUAAAUACAUCAACAAUAAAUAAAUUUGAUGUAUCAAUUUAAUUAGAUCCAUAAAAUGUUGAAUAUUACAAUUCUAAAGGUUAAUAAUUAUGUUAAUUAGUUCAUGCACUAUUUGAAAGUAUUUAAGUAAAAUUUAUUCAACUAGAGAUAUAUAUAAACAAGCAAUUUUUAAGAUUUCUCAAGCCACAAAUUAAGCACAAAUAAUUCCAUUUUAUUCAUUAAUAUUCUUGUAGAUAAUAUUCUAAGUUAAGUGGUUAAACUUUUGAUCCAGCCUAAGAUUCUUCGUUCUGUUAUUUAAGCCUAAGUUGA